CGCGACGUCGUCUUACGACCUCCUAUCUUCGCCCCAAUCAUAAAAAGCUACUAUCUGUUACACCGUAAUAACCGUCGCAAUGGACCAGCUUCCACACGUUGAAAAAGCAUGGCUAGAGGCAGCAAGUAACGGCGAUGUCGACCAGAUGAAGAUGCUACGAAAACAGUAUCCUCAAUGGCUCAAUCUCAACCGGAAUGUCGACGAAGACACAGUGACGAACGGUUCCGAUGGCCCAAGGCCCUCGCGAUCGCCUGGCUUUUGUAGCUGGGACGGCUUCCACUUGAACACCAUCGGAGCGUCGGCACUGCAUACGGCGACUUGGCAUGGUGAGGAUAAGAUUGUCGAGUAUCUUCUUGGAGAGGGUCAAGAUCCCGAUACAGAAGAUGAAAGUGGCAUGUCAGCGAUAAUGCUGGCUAUCAUGCAUCACAAUUUACAAGCGACACGCUGUAUCUUUCGUGACCGAGUUGCAAUCCAGCGAAAUUUGGUGAUGGACUGCCGAGAAGAAGAUGAAACCCGGACCCGACGCACCGUGUCUCUCAUCCAACUCUUCCUACGUUUUAACGCUAAUGUCGACAAGAAGUGCCACCGGGGCAAAACAGCGCUGCACCACGCCACAACGGACGAUACGUAUGAAGUUGCAAGUCUCCUUCUUUCCAGUGGGGCCAGCGUCGACGCUCGGGAUGAGGAAGGAAUGUCUGCACUGCAUCAUUGCAUACAACCGCCAAGUUACUUGGUGGCCGACCUGCUCCUUCAACACGGCGCUAAUGUCCAUCUUCCAGCUCACGACGGUGUCACGUCUCUCCAGCUUAUAAUACGCAGUCACGACAUCAACAUGCUGCAGAUCAUACUCAACCACCACCGACAGGUAGUGACAACCGAAGGAGAAGAGUUCGCUGGCUCAGUACUCAUGACUGCAGUCGAUGAAGAUGCGCUGCCCGUUGUUAAAUUCCUAUUGGAAGAAGACUACGCGACUACAAUGCACCAAAACGGUAGUGGGCAGACGCCCAUGCAUCGAGCUCUGUUCACGAGGAAAGCUUCAGUAGCCGAACUACUGCGGACUUCUGACGACCAGGCUCGAGUAUUGACCUUGAACACGGCGUCGGGCGAAUCGUGUCUCCACUACGCUGCGAGGUAUUCAACUUCAGAGGAGCUGCACUGUUUGUUACGCUUCUAUCGACGCGGUGAAUGCGAAAUUGCACAGUGGAACAGUGUUAACUCGGCUGGUAGAACAGCGCUGUUCCUGGCCGCCACGUCAACGUCGGACUCGCUUGACGACCGCAAUGCAAAGACACAAUUAAUGCGCCGUGUUGGAGCCAAGCUACUGGGUAGUAGUCCGUUCCUCGAAGCCGUAGCAGACCAGAGUUCGAUCGUGGCCUUCUCCGUUGAGGUUCAAAGCUGUCUGAGCUUGUGGCUAUCGGAGUGUGCGGAGACUCGUUUCGACGAGGUCACCAAGUUCUGUAUGAAUUUCUUGGCGAUCGUGUUCUCGUUGCACCAUCCACGACUGCAGAUGAACCCCGAGGUGCUCGGAGUCAUGUUGUCGUCGGGCCAAGUCGUCGACACAGCCCCUCUGCUGUUGCUGCUACCCUUUGAUCGAAGAACGGCAAUGUCCCUGUUGGAACUCGUGGGAGUGUUUGGCAGACAGGAGAACCACGCGCUUAUUCUGGCACUGUACGAGGAGCUCGCCACAGCUUGGGCAGAUCUGUCCGCUUAGCCAAGAUGGGAUUUACACGAUUUGAUAAGCUUUGGCAUUAGAGCGACGAAAAUCCGAGAAAGAUCUGAUAAACUCUGAUAAUUCUUUGCGCCUUUCCACUUUUGAGACGCAAACUUUCGCUGACAAAUAGCCUAUUUGUCAGCGAAAGUCGGAGUCGAUGGACAUACCGCUGGACGCAUCCAGUCUAAAACGUCUCCGUGGCGACCUGGAGGGGGCAGCUAGACUACGUCUUCAUGAGCUCUCCCAGCUUUACGAUUCUUCUCCCCAGUUCUCGAUGACCUUUGUAUCACUUUGCAUCGUCUCCCUAUCCCAAUAGGUGGCUUCAGUUGUCUGAAAUCUACGGUCGGUGGCCAAGCGCUUUAAGUAUUUUUUUUACUGCGUGGUAGCCCUAAUAAAAGUGAGGUGCAACCGGUCAUUACAGGGUAAUUUAGAUCUAGUUAGCUCUUUGUGUAUGUGUAAGGGAUGCUCGACUUGCUCUAGCUGAAGCGACAAUGCCGCUUCGCUGAGAAGCAAUAACUCGCGAGGCUAUCGUUGUCAUCGUUGUUCGCCA